AUUUUCUAUUGUUAAAAUGUCAGAACAAAUCAAGAAGAGAACCUUCAAGAAAUUCAGUUACAACGGUGUUGCUUUAGAAAGCCUCCUUGACUUAAAGGAAGACAAAUUAGCUGAAUUAUUCAGAUGUAGAGCCCGUAGAAAGUUAAAGCGUGAAACCCCAAUCAAACACGUUAACUUCUUAAAGAAAUGCAGAGCCGCCAAAGCUGCCGUCACCCAAGUCGGUGAAAAACCAGCUGUUGUCAAAACUCACGCUCGUAACAUUUUAAUCGUCCCAGAAAUGAUUGGUUCAGUUAUUGGUGUCUACAACGGUAAAGUUUUCAACCAAGUUGAAGUUAAGCCAGAAAUGAUCGGUCACUACACCGGUGAGUUCUCUCUUUCAUACAAAUCAGUCAACCACGGUAGACCAGGUAUUGGUGCUACUCACUCAAGUAGAUUCAUUCCAUUAAAAUAAACAAAUUUAUCGCCGGGAAGAUAUAUAUACUUGUAUUUAGGUUUAGAUUUUAACAAAA